CCUCCAGUCCUUCCUAUUGCCAUUUCAUCACUCUCUGGCAGCUGUCUCGUUCGAGGAUAUAUCUAAAUCAUAAUGAGAGUCAUCCCAGCUACUAUGCUGGUCGGAGCGGCCACCGCGGCCGUUCCUCCCUUCCAGCAGAUCCUCGGCUACACUGAGCAGGGUGCGGAGAGCCUGUCUAAGGGAGCCGAAAGCCUGUCCAAGCCGCUCCAUCACUUCCAGGAACAGCUCAAGACCCUCUCGGACGAUGCUCGUCAGCUCUGGGAUGAAAUGUCCAGUGCAUUCCCGGAGAGCUUCGACCGCAACCCUCUCUUCUCGUUGCCCAAGAAGCACAACCGUCGUCCUGACUCGCAUUGGGAUCACAUUGUCCGUGGUUCUGAUGUCCAGGGCGUCUGGGUGACCAACUCCAAGGGUGAAAAGGAGCGUGACAUCGAUGGCAAGCUCGAGAACUACGAUCUCAGAACUAAGAAGAUCAACCCUGCUUCUCUUGGCAUUGACCCAGGUGUGACCCAAUACACCGGUUAUCUGGAUGACAACGAGAAUGACAAGCACUUGUUCUACUGGUUCUUCGAGUCUCGUAACGACCCCAAGAAUGACCCCGUUGUCCUUUGGUUGAACGGUGGCCCUGGCUGCUCUUCUCUCACUGGUCUGUUCCUGGAGCUUGGACCUAGCUCAAUUGGCAAGAACAUCAAGCCAAUCUACAAUGAUUUCUCAUGGAACAACAACGCUUCCGUUAUUUUCCUUGACCAGCCUGUCAAUGUUGGCUACUCCUACAGUGGUUCUUCCGUCAGUGACACCACUGCGGCUGGCAAGGACGUCUAUGCUCUGAUGUCCUUGUUCUUCAAGCAGUUCCCCCAGUAUGCCACGCAGGACUUCCACAUUGCCGGAGAGUCUUACGGUGGUCACUACAUUCCUGCUUUUGCCUCGGAGAUUCUGUCUCACAAGAAGCGUAACAUCAACCUCAAGUCCGUUCUCAUCGGUAACGGUCUUACCGACCCUUACACCCAGUAUGAGCACUACCGCCCCAUGGCUUGUGGUGAGGGUGGAUACCCUGCUGUCUUGGACAAGGGCACUUGCCAGUCCAUGGACAACUCCCUGUCUACUUGCCAGAGAAUGAUCAGCGCGUGCUAUAGCUCCGAGAGCCUUUGGUCUUGCCUUCCCGCUUCGAUUUACUGCAACAAUGCCAUGAUUGGUCCUUACCAGAGCACUGGUAUGAACCCCUACGAUAUCCGCGGCCCAUGUGAGGACAGCAGCAGCCUCUGCUACAAGGGCAUGGGUUACGUGAGUGACUACCUCAACCAGCGCGAUGUCCAGGAAGCUGUGGGUGCCGAAGUCAGUGACUACGAGUCUUGCAACAUGAACAUCAACCAGAACUUCCAGAUGCACGGUGACUGGAUGAAGCCUUUCCACCGUCUUGUUCCCGGUCUUCUCGAGCAGAUCCCCGUCUUGAUCUAUGCUGGUGACGCCGACUUCAUCUGCAACUGGUUGGGCAACAAGGCCUGGACCGACGCUCUGGAAUGGCCCGAGCAUGAGCAGUACGCCGCCACUCCUCUUGAGGACCUCAAGAUUGUCGACAACGAGCACAAGGGCAAGAAGAUUGGUGAGAUAAAGUCCCACGGCAACCUCACCUUUGUGCGUAUCUUCCAGGCCGGCCACAUGGUUCCCAUGGACCAGCCCGAGGGCGGUCUUGAAUUCUACAACCGCUGGCUCAAGGGUGAGUUGGUCUAAACCAAUAGAUGUUCUGGACUAGCUUGCAAUGAUUUUUCGUGUUUUUUGGCUUCAAGUUUUGCUCGCAUGUAAUGUGUCCACGACAUAUGUCUUCCGACACGCUUGCUACAGAAUGUAUGACUCUUUCUGGUAACGGUGCAACGUAUAUAGGGUUCAACAGUUUUAGUUAGAAUUGACAUAUUGAGAAUAAUACACGGUGCCUGUAGAGUUAGAUCUGAUUACAAUAAGAGAAAAAGGUCUACGAAGUCGGAGUACGGUGCCCU